UUGGUAAAUAGUGCGCAUGCGUGAGUGUUGAUAACGCUCUCAGCUAGCUCGUGGGCUAGUUUAGUGCCAUUAGAGACGUAAACGAUUUUUCCCUUCAAAGAUAUUACCAAUUUUACUGUUGGUUUUUACUAAUUUUCACACGACCUAAUUAAGGGUCACAUUCACUCUCGGAAUGUCCUUCCCUCCUCAUUUAAACCGGUCGCUGUUGCCCCCUCCUGGUCUCCCCCCUCAGUAUGCCGGCUUCCCUGCAGGAACUCCAAUGAUUCCGGUUCAUAUGGGCAUCAUGGCACCUGCUUCUGCAGUAAUGAUGUCAUCCGUUCCAGUUGUCAGUAAACCUCCGGUUCCAAAGAGGGAUCUUUCUGCCCUGCGGGCCAAAGAUGAUGAGAACAGUGGUCCCACCACUACAGUUUUUGUAGGGAAUAUAUCAGAGAAAGCUUCAGAUAUGCUCAUUAGACAGUUACUGGCGAAAUGUGGUAUUGUUUUGAGCUGGAAACGAGUCCAGGGUGCUUCUGGGAAACUCCAAGCGUUUGGUUUCUGUGAAUACAAGGAGCCAGAAUCUACAUUACGAGCCUUACGGCUGCUUCACGAUCUACAGAUAGGCGACAAAAACCUGUUAGUGAAGGUGGAUGCAAAGACUAAAGCCCAGUUGGAUGAGUGGAAAGCCAAGAAGAAAACUGCAAAUGGGAAUAAAGCACCGGAGGAUGAAGGGGAUGAUGAUGUCCUGGAUGAGGAGACUAAGAAGAAAGACGAGGUUGUCAAAGGUGCCAUUGAUGGACUGAUGCGGGAAUAUGCUGCUGAACUCAACGCUCCCUCUCAGGAUGAGGAGUCCCAGCGACGGAAGAGAAAAAAGGAAAAGAAAGAAGAAGAUGACAUCAAUACAAUCGACAUAGAAGAGGACAAGAGAGACCUGAUUUCUAGAGAGAUUAGCAAAUUUCGCGAUACUCACAAGAAACUGGAGGAGGAGAAGGACAAGCGUGAGAAAGAGAGGCAGGAGCUGGAGCGGGAAAGACGAGAGCGCGAAAAAGAGCGCGAGCGGGAAAGGGAGCGGCGUGACCGCGAGAGGGAGAAGGAGCGGGAAAAGGAAAAGGAAAGAGAGCGCGAGAGAGAACGGGAAAGGGACCGAGACAAAGACCGGGACCGCAGGACCAGAGAACGUGAGCGGGAACGGGAAAAAGAGAGGACUCUGGACGUGAGCAUCAACCGCAGCCGAUCGAGAGAGUUGAGUUUGAGUCGAGACAGAGACAGAGAGAAGAAGCGGGACCAAGAGGACGAAGAGGAGGCUUACGAACGCAGGAAGCUGGAGAGAAAACUCCGAGACAAGGAAGCAGCAUAUCAGGAGCGUCUGAAGAACUGGGAGCUCAGGGAGCGAAAAAAGGCACGGGAUUAUGCAAAGGACACUGAGCGAGAAGAUGAGCGCCGUCGAGAAACGCUGAAAGAAGGCAAACGGUUGAAAGAGUUUCUUGAAGAUUACGAUGAUGAAAGAGAUGACCCCAAAUACUACAGGGGCAGUGCACUGCAGAAGCGUCUCAGAGACCGAGAGAAGGAGAUCGAGGUGGAUGAGCGAGACAGGAAGAGGGAGAAGGAGGAGCUGGAGGAGAUCAGACAGAGGCUGUUAGAAGAGGGACAUCCAGACCCAGACGCAGAGCUGCGCAGAAUGGAGGAGGAAGAGGAGGAGCGUUUGAGACGACCUCCCAUCAUCCAACAGCCAGAACCAGAGGUGCAACAAGAACGCUACAGAAGUUCACGCGACCACCGGGACCGCAGACCGGAGCAGGAAAGGCCGGAGGUGCGGCCACAGCCUCGUCUCUCUGACAACGAGGUGGAGGAGGGCGAGGAGGGGGAUUAUGACAACGAUGAAGAGAACCCCGCCUUUAAACCAUGCUUAAAGCCCACGAUGCGACCCAUCACAGCAGCACCUUCAGUGUCCUCGGCCAGCGGGAACGUGUCCCCCAACUCCCCGGGAAACGAGUCGCCGUGCGGCAUCAUCAUCCCUCACGAGAACUCCCCCCCCGAUGCUCUGCCACCAGAUGAAAACCGGCCCAAGAUCGGCCUCAGCCUUAAACUAGGUGCUACGGGGAGCCCCGGCCAAACCACCGCGGGCAAAAGGAAAAAACUCCCAGUGGACAGCGUCUUCAACAAGUUUGACGAGGAGGAGGCCGACGAGCAGCCUCGCAAAAGGAAGCUGGUCCCUUUGGAUUACGACGACGACAAGAGCCUUGACGUGGAAGGAGCAGGGCUGUCGGGCAUCAAAGGAGCCAACGCCGAGGAGAAACGCAAGCACAUCAAGAGUCUGAUCGAAAAGAUCCCGACAGCAAAACCGGAGCUUUUCACCUACCCGCUGGACUGGAGCAUGGUGGACACGACGUUGAUGGAACGCCGCGUCCGGCCGUGGAUCAAUAAAAAGAUCAUUGAGUAUAUUGGCGAGGAAGAAGCAACAUUAGUGGACUUUGUGUGUUCAAAGGUGAUGGCUCACAGCACACCACAAGGUAUUUUGGAUGAUGUUGCCAUGGUUCUGGAUGAAGAAGCUGAGGUCUUCAUAGUGAAGAUGUGGCGGUUGCUCAUUUAUGAAACGGAAGCAAAGAAAAUCGGACUGACCACCUCAUCACAAAAUGCAUCCAUCCUGUGAAAUGUCAUUUCUGAAUCAAAAUCCUGGACGGGGACUCUCCUGAAGCACACCUCACAACCACUAUAGGAACAGAAGCUGGGAAUGUUGAUGUGAAUUUGUGAAGGCACUCUCCAUUUUUUUGUAUUAUGAUUAAAAUUGAUUUUUUUUCUA